CCAGUGAUUCGCGAGUGCUUCCCAAUCAGAAAAACGCGAUCAAAAAGUUGUUCGCAGUGAAAUUCCGAUGAAGGUUCGGUUCUGUGUUGAGUGUUCCCCCAGGUGUGCUAGAUGGAUAAUUUGAAAAUUUUCCGAGAGGAGAACCAUGAUCAAUCCAGGCUCUCCAUCUCUAAGUGUCUGGUUCCUUCAUUCCAACCCCACCACAUCGAGCGGUAGUCGCCAGAGGGCUAGUGGUGCGCAGCGUCUGCUAUGAAGCUGAGUGUAUCCGCGUACAGAGCACACGCGUCUGCGCACAAGAAGAUCCUGGACACGGCCUACCAGCUCAACUAUGGAUCAACGUCGGCAUUUCACCCCCACACCUCUAACACGGGAGGGCCACCGCCCGGGAUUGGGGCUGCUUGUUCUGGCUUCCAUAUCGAGCCGCCGGAAAACGAACCGCAGGGGGCAGAGGAAACCUCAAGAAGAGAAAGGACGGCUCCAGAUGCUGAUGGCAGCUCGGACGAUGGAAAUACGCCGCUGCAUUCACCGAGAUCGCAGAACACAAGCAGGGAGGAGGAUGACAGUUCAAACGCCAACGAAUCGGAUAAAAGUCCGAAUAAGGGAUCGAUAAACUUUGAUGACAUGUCGAGAAGGUCCUCGCGGAAUCCCAAAAUGGCCACCCAGAGCUGGAAAAACAUCAGAGCUGUGAUGGCGUACUAUCACACCCUUCGAAAAAUCAAGAGAACGAAAUCGAAUCAACGAUGGAUGAAACUCCGAACGACGGUACAAAUUUCUUCUGCUAUUCAAAAAAAACCGCCCCUGAAGAGGGAGGACUCCUUCCUGCAGCGUUUCACCACGCGACAGAUACCGGAAACUCAAGAAACUGUGGAGGACACCGGAAGUGAGGGUAACGCGGGGGAACAUUCGGCGCCCAGAAGGAGGAGGAGGGCGAGGAGACAGCCGAGGUCGGUCGUCAAUCCUGACGAGAACUUCUACUUCUACUGGUUGUUCGUCAUCACAAUCUGUGUCUUAUACAACAUGUGGACCCUGAUAGUAAGGCAGAGUUUCCCGGAGCUGCAAAGUAUGAUCUCGAAUUUCUGGGUUGGCUGUGACAGUUUGAGCGACAUCGUAUUCGUCCUCGACUGGUUCGUGCAACUUCGUACCGGCUAUCUGGAGCAGGGUCUCAUGGUCUACGAUUCCAAGAAAUUAGCCUGUCAUUAUCUACGAUCUCGUGCCUUCUUGCUGGAUAUAGCAUCUCUCUGCCCUUUGGACUGGCUCCAAUGGAGGUAUGGGGCCCAGCCGCUGCUCAGGUUUCCUAGGUUCUUCAAGGUAUACCGUGCCGUAGAUUAUUAUUACAUGGUAGAAUCGAGAACAGUAUGGCCAAAUUUGUGGAGGGUCAUAAAUUUGAUACAUAUACUUUUGAUCUUAGCUCACUGGUUUGGCUGUUUCUAUUUUUUAUUAUCGGAGGCAGAAGGUUUUCAGGGAGAUUGGGUAUAUCCAUAUCGUCCAGGUGACUAUGCCACUCUAGCCAGAAAAUACCUAGGAUCCCUAUAUUGGUCUACUCUCACGUUAACCACUAUUGGAGAUCUUCCAACUCCGGAAACUAAUGCAGAGAACACUGGUUCAGUUGAUGGCCCGAGGUCUUUGCCGCGCAGAGGCGUCAAAUCAAGGCUACUCCAGUUCAACACGAAUUUCGGGUAUAUUUUCACCAUUGUUAGCUAUUUGAUAGGAGUUUUUAUAUUUGCUACAAUCGUCGGACAAGUUGGGAACGUUAUAACGAAUAGGAAUGCGAAUCGAUUAGAAUUCGAAAGACUUUUAGACGGGGCCAAAACUUACAUGAGGAACCAUAAGGUACCAGGAGAUAUGAAAAGAAGAGUUCUAAGGUGGUACGACUACUCUUGGUCCAGAGGAAGAAUACAGGGUGGUGGUGACAUCAAUACAGCUCUAGGUCACCUUCCAGACAAGCUUAAAACAGAAUUAGCUUUACACGUCAACCUGAGCGUAUUGAAAAAGGUAACCAUCUUCCAAGAAUGCCAACCUGAAUUUCUGAGGGACCUAGUAUUGAAAAUGAGGGCUUAUAUCUUCACCCCAGGUGAUUCCAUAUGCAGAAAAGGAGAAGUAGCAAGGGAAAUGUUCAUAAUCGCUGACGGAAUCCUUGAAGUCAUAAAUGAACAUGGAAAAGUAUUGACCACCAUGAAAGCUGGGGAUUUUUUUGGCGAAAUAGGAAUUUUAAAUUUGGACGGAUUCAAUAAGAGAACAGCUGAUGUUCGUUCAGUGGGAUACUCGGAACUUUUCUCGUUAUCAAGGGAAGAUGUGCUAGCAGCAAUGAAGGAUUAUCCAGAGGCUGAAGAGAUUCUUCAGGCACUUGGGAAAAAGAGACUGAAGGAAGUUAAGGCUUCUGCAAGGCUGACUACACAUCCGAAAGAUCAUCAUGGAGACCCCAAAGGCCUCGUUGAUAAAAUAAAAAAUGAGGCGAAGGGAUUACGGAAUGUGCUCAAGAAAUCCAGAACCAGUAGGAGAUCUCAAGAAUCGUUGGAGUUACAACCAUUGCAUACCACUGGAAAUGGCAGGAGUAGUUUGAAGAGGAUGUCCAGGGUGAAAAGUCAUGACCUCAGCCAAGACGACGAUAGGGAUAAGCGAGAGAGUAGCCAUGGAUCAACUGAGACUACAUCGCCACUUGGUGCAGGGUUACCCCUUCUAAGCAGACUGAGGCUUUUGAAAGAGAAACAGGAGAAUGAGGAUCGUUCGAAACAUUCAACGUCUCCAAUGCUGUCACCUUCAUCAUCGAGCAUCAAAAGUCCGCCGUUAAUCAGUGAAGAAAUCCCUGAAGAAGAACCAAUGGAUACCAGCAUACCUCUCCUUCAGCGGAUUCUCUUGUUGAAGGCGAAAGAAGAGAGGGCGGCUAAAAAUAAAGAGAGAGAAGAGAGGGAAAGACUGAAGAGAGAGGAAGAUAGAGCAAGGCGGGAAGAGAAGGGUCGGAGAUUGUCUAAAAUGAUUGGGGGCAGUCAACCUAGUAGCCCAACGCCAACUUCGCCUCCUAAAAUCGAGACUAGGGCUAGUUUUUCUGGAGUUUUAUCCAGGGUAGGCUCAAAUAACGUAAACAAAGGGCUCAAAUGUACAAAUAGGGUAAACCAUAGCAGCAAAAUAACGUUGAGGGAAAGACUCAAAAUUUACUCUAGUGCCAAAGAUGCGACGCGAGUGUCUCUCAUAAGUGACAAUAGAAACAGUGAUCAAAAUGUGCCAAUAUCGAACGGUUCCAUCGACUCUAGACAGAUAAACGUGAUUAGUGAUGAUACCGCACCGUCCAAAGACGAAAACGAAACAAAUAAACAUGCUAACGAGCAAAGUGCUAGUGACAAUGUUUUCGAAGGUUGUGGAGAGCCCCAUUGGAGUAAACUCAAAAAGGCGGCUAUAGGAUCCACAGAACCAUCAACUUCCAGUGCGAGAACACCAGCUGAAAGUGUGAAGGAACAUCCCCCACCUAACUUCAGGAAAAUUAAACCUAGGCUGAUUCUCUCUGGCAGGAAUAAACAGUAUAGGUCAAUCGAUGAUUUGUCUCCAGAGUACGGUAGUCUUCCUUUCGUGAAAAAACUUAAAAUACUGAACGAAAGGCAGAAACUCGAAGAGCUUGAGACUGUCAUCAAGACCAGAAGCUUCAGUUUGGACAUACCAGAUAAUCCGCAGAGUAUCGAAGCGGAAAACUUGACAAGAUCCCACUCUGAAGGAUGCAGGAUGCACGACCAAGAUAAACACCAUCUAACUGCACCCAUCAUUGCACCCAGUUCUUUACAUUCCAGCACUGAAUCGAAUGAAACUCCAGAACGACGUAACCUAAAGUCAAUUCUCAAGAAGCUGUCCGAAGACGUUCUCCAGAACAAUUCGGAUCCAAGGAUGCCUGAACGUCUGGAUUCCACGGAGUUCCGACGACUCAUGCGAGCGCCCACCAUCGAAGGCUAUGCGAGUCCGCCAGAGUGCGCCACGGUGCAAAGCGCCCCCCAGAGCCCCUUUCUGAUGGUCAAUUCGACGGUGGAAGAGGGCGGUAAGCAGACGGAGGAUGAAACCCAUGAGAUAGAGCACCCCGCGAAGGUGCUCGACGAUGAGAAGGGUCUUCAGUUGAUGCCAAACAAGGCAAAUCAAGUGAGAGUCAUCAAAGCAUUAGAUGAUGAACAGCAAUAUUUCGCUGAUAUUCUUCUAGCGAUCAAGCAAGUGAUGAAUGCUCACCUUCAGGAGAUGCAAGAUAAGUUUCACCACAGGUUUGAGAGGCUGGAGGAGGAGAUAAAGGAUAAGGAAAAGAUCAUCAACAGACUUAGAGCGCAUAUAUUCGAGCUUGAGAGGAACCAUGAAGAAUCUUUCAGGGACUCCGUGGAAACUAUAAUAGGACGCGAACCCUCCUGGGAGGACCCGACCAACGAAGAAAGAGAAGAAAUCGAAGAGCUAACGCACCACCCUCUGUCGCCACGUCCAGCCUGGACCAUAAGACCAAGAUCUUCCGAGAACGUUGUGUUGAACAUCGACUCAACCACGGACACCGAUUCCGACAUAGGUGACAGCUCAGAACAGGCCGGCUACGAAUCUGGAGAAUACGAAAAUUCAAGUCAGAACUGGGAGAUCGAACUGCUUGCAGCUCAGAUAAGGCAGAGAAGAUCGGCCAGUUUGGACACCAACAUUGGGAGGCAGUCAACGAGGAAGAGAUUCGUCAGGGGAUCUAGUGAUGAUGCUUAUAAUUGAGAGGUGACAGAAUAUGUACUAUCAGAGUUCCGCGCUAUGAAAGGAAAGACUAGCAUCAGUGAAGACGAGAAUAAGAAGAAUAUCUCCAACAUACCGAAAAAACACAAAACUACCCAGAUUCCAGAGAGAAUUCGAAACCUCAACGAGAAAUAAAAAUGAAAAAAAAAGAAGGUAUAAAACAAUUAUCGAUGCAACAGAGCACACCAACUAUUAUACUAAUUUUUACCAUAGGAACAUUUGAUACGAUUCCUCAAUAACGCUAACUUAGAAUAUUGUACAUAAAGUCCAAGAAAAUAUCACAAUAUUUUAUAGUUAGAUAGUGAAAUAUUUGAACAACAAACGGAACAUUUAGGAUCAACAAUGUUGAAUUACAAAUAUAUUGUCACUUAGGCUUGACCGUUCUAGAGAUGGCCCAUAUAACAAUAUCGAAAAAUUGUAGAUACUUAAAGAAAAAUACUAUUUAGUAAUAAAAUAUCUCAUAUUGAAGAAAUAUGAUCACUGAAUG